GGCCUUUUCUUCGCUCUCGCCCUCGCCGCCGCCCUCUCUGCCUUCUCCCUCUUUGGGCGCAAGGACGGAAGCGGCGCCCGCCAGCGCCUCACCACGGGCAGACAAAAAUGGCACAGGUGAAGCAAGUAGGCCUAUUAGCCGCAGGAUGUCAGCCGUGGAAUAAAGAUGUGUGUGCUGCUAGCAGGGAUAGAUUUGCCUAUUGUGCGACUCUUGCUAUUUACAUAUAUCAAUUGGAUCAUCAAUACAAUGAAUUCAAGCUGUGGGCAAUUAUGUCUGAACACAAGAAGACAAUCACAGCUAUUUCCUGGUGUCCCCAUAAUGAUGACCUAUUUGCAAGUGCAAGUGCAGAUAACUUGGUAAUAAUUUGGAAUGUGGCUGAACAAAAAGUUGCUGCAAAACUUGAUGGUACAAAAGGUGUUCCUGCAUCUCUUAGUUGGUGUUGGAAUGCAGGUGAUGCGGUUGCAUUUGUCUCUAAUAGAGGUCCAUUAUAUAUAUGGACAAUUUCAGGACCAGAUAGCGGUGUAACUAUACAUAAAGAUGCCCACAAUUUUUUGUCAGACAUCUGUCUGUUUAGAUGGCAUCCCAAGAAGAAGGGGAAAGUUGUUUUUGGACAUACUGAUGGAAGUCUUUCUAUUUUUCAGCCAGGUACUAAGAGUCAGAAACAUGUUCUGAGACCAGAAUCUCUUGAGGGAACAGAUGAAGAAGAUCCAGUUACUGCUCUUGAAUGGGACCCUCUGUCAACAGACUACCUUCUUGCUGCAAAUUUGCAUAAUGGAAUCCGACUGGUUGAUUCAGACUCUCUGUGCUGUAUUACUGCAUUUAAUUUCCCUAGUUCCGCAGCAUCUGUGCAGUGCUUAGCUUGGGUUCCUAGUGCUCCUGGAAUGUUUAUCACUGGAGAUUCUCAGGUUGGUGUGUUACGUGUUUGGAAUGUGUCACGAACAACACCAAUAGAUAACCUCAAAUUGAAGAAAACAGGUUUCCAUGGUUUACAUGUUCUCGGUUCUCCUCCACAGAAAAAAUCAUUUUCUUCACAAUCUCCCUCCAAAAAUCAUCACAUGUCAUCCACAAGUGAGGCUGUACCUCCUCCAACUCUUACCCCAAACAAAGCAUUUUCUCUUCCCCCUGGACAUGCUGUCUGCUGUUUCAUGGAUGGAGGAGUGGGACUUUAUGACAUGGGAGCCAAAAAGUGGAAUUUUCUUCGAGAUCUGGGUCAUGUUGAAACCAUCUUUGACUGUAAAUUCAAACCUGACAACUCUGACCUUUUAGCUACAGCUUCAUUUGAUGGAACAAUAAAAGUGUGGGAUAUAAAUACUUUAACAGCUGUCUAUACUUCUCCUGGUAAUGAGGGGGUAAUAUAUUCCCUUUCAUGGGCUCCAGGAGACUUAAACUGCAUAGCUGGGGCAACAUCUAAAAAUGGUGCUUUCAUUUGGGAUGUGCCACGGGGCAAAAUGAUAACCCGUUUCACUGAGCAUGGAAAAAAUGGAAUCUUCUGCAUUGCAUGGAGUCAUAAAGAUUCAAAAAGGAUAGCAACUUGCAGCAGUGAUGGAUUUUGUAUUAUUCGAACCAUUGAUGGCAAAGUUCUACACAAGUACAAUCACCCAGCUGCAGUUUUUGGCUGUGAUUGGAGUCAAAACAACAAAGAUAUGAUAGCUACUGGAUGUGAAGAUAAAAAUGUCCGUGUCUAUUACCUAGCAACUAGCUCGGAUCAGCCACUGAAAGUAUUCAGUGGACAUACUGCAAAAGUGUUUAAUGUACGAUGGUCGCCUCUGAGAGAAGGAAUCCUCUGCAGUGGUUCUGAUGAUGGCACUGUUCGGAUAUGGGACUAUACACAGGAUGCUUGUAUAAAUGUUCUUAAUGGACAUAAAGCACCAGUACGGGGAUUGUUGUGGAAUACUGAAAUACCUUACUUACUGAUUUCGGGAAGCUGGGAUUAUACAAUCAAGGUGUGGGAUACAAGAGAUGGAACUUGUCUGGAUACAGUAUAUGAUCAUGGUGCAGAUGUCUAUGGAUUGACCUGUCAUCCUAGUCAUCCCUUUACCAUGGCCUCUUGUUCUAGAGAUUCCACUGUGAGACUUUGGUCUUUAACCCCUCUAAUAAAUCCUCUUCAAAUAAAUAUCCUGGCAGACAGACCAUGGGAUGAGAUUAUAGGAAACACUGAUCGUGCCACUGAGGUUGGUGCUCCUCCCUUGCUUUGUGGCAAAGUAUCCAGAGAUAUUAAACAGGAAGUAGACAAGCUGAGUGGCAAUCCUCGAGGGAGAAAACUGAGGUGGUUCUCAGAAUGUUUAUCACCCCCAGGAGGCAGUAAAAACCUAUGGGAUCUUGUUGCUGUAAUAAAAGGCCAGGACGAUAGCUUGCUUCCACAGAAUUACUGCAAAGGGAUUAUGCACAUGAAACAUCUGGUUAGAUUUAGAAUGUCCAAAGCCCAAGAACUCACAACUGUAAAGAUGUCUAAGUUUGGAGGUGGUAUUGGUGCACCUAGUAAGCAGGAAAGGCUGAAAGAAGCAGCAGAAAUACAUCUAAGACUCGGGCAAAUUGAAAGAUACUGUGAACUUAUGGUGGAACUUGGAGAGUGGGACAAAGCACUCUCAGUUGCUCCAGGGGUAUCUGUGAAUUACUGGAAGAAGCUAAUGCAGAGGAGAGCUGACCAGUUAAUUCAGGAAGAAAAUGAUGAUGUUAUUCCAUACUGCAUAGCUACAGGUGAUGUGAAGAAACUCGUCGCAUUUUUUACUUCAAGAGGCCAGCUCAAAGAAGCUUUGCUAGUAGCACAGGCAGCAUGUGAAGGAAAUAUGCAAACAUUCCAGUGUUCAGCAUCAAAUGGAUCAACAUAUUAUGAAGGAACCAGCAUGGAAGAUUACAAUGAGCUUCUGCAUCAAGUCAGUAAAGAACUCGCUGAUUGCUAUUUUCAGGAUGGCUGUGCAGUGCUGGCUGCUUGUUGCCACUUAGCUGUUGAGAAUAUUGAGCUUGCCAUGGCAAACCUGAUUCGUGGAAAUGAACUGGAGUUGGCAGUCAGUGUGGGUACUGUCUUAGGAGAAUGUGCAGCCCAAGCAACUCAUUAUGCACUAGAGUUACUAGCAAGAAAAUGUAUGACUGUAACAACAUGCUUUCCAUCACUUGGAUACAGGGAUUUAGCAGCUGAUCUUCUCAUGAUGAUUCCCAGUAAUGAACUGCUAUUAGUAAAGCUUUGUGCUUUCUAUCCUGGUUGCACAACAGAGAUAAAUGACCUUCAUGAAAAGUGCAGCCUACCAGAUGUAGAAGAAUGUAUGCAAUUAGCAGAAAGAGCUCAAACAGAAGAAAAUAUUUUUGAAUCAAUAAAAUAUUAUUUGCUAACUAUAGAACCAGAAAAAGCACUUCCUAUAGGAAUUCAGUAUGUCAAAGAACAAAUCAACAGGUCAGAUUGGACCCUGGACUCAGUCUGCCCAUUUCUUGAUCUUUUAAGCUAUAUACGUACAGAAAAAUUGCUGCUUCAUAAAUGUAGUGAAUUUAGAAAUGAGUUGUUAAUAUUAUGUGGCUAUAUUGGUGCUUUACUGGCUAUUAGAAGACAGUACAGUAGCAUUGUACCAGCACUUUAUGAAUACACAAGCCAGCUUUUAAAAAGACGAGAAGUGUGUGUACCCCUGAAAAUUGAACAACUCUCUGAGGAACUGGAUGCUUGGAGAGCUUGUACUCAGACACUAACCAAAUCUACUGAUGAAUGUCCACAUACACCUCCAUCUGAAUUACAGAAAAAUAUUUAUGCAACACUGCUAUCACGUAUAAAAGAAGAACCUCUGAAAGUAACAAUAGGGCCAGAUUAUGUUACUGGAUCUAAUCUUCCUAGUCACUCAGAUGUUCGUAUCUCUUGCUUAACAGGAUUAAGGAUACAGGGUCCAGUGUUUUUUCUUGAAGAUGGAAAAUCAGCAAUUUCACUUAAUGAUGCAUUGAUGUGGGCGAAAGUGAACCCCUUCUCUCCACUGGGGACAGGAAUACGGCUCAACCCAUUCUAAUGAAGGAAAAUAUUCACUAGUAAUUUACUAAAAAUUAAUAUGCUUGUUGCUAUUCCUUUAUCAUUGUUAGCUGAAGGAUUUGCAGUUCAGUCCUCUUUGAAGAAUAGUUUUAUGAACUUGCAAAUUGUAAUUUUUAUAUUAAAUUUAAUA